AUGUCAAUUAUAUUAUACUUUUCCUCCAAUGACGUCACCUUUCCUACCUCACCCCGUCAACGUCAAUUUGUUCGAGUUGGUUAACCUUAUAGUGUGGGUUAUUCAAAUUGGGGUUUUUCUACCAAGGAUCUGAUAUUAAAAACUAAUUAGACAAAAAUUAACGCUUACUUUAUUAACUAAACGUUAGUAUUUCAAUAAAGUUUAUUUAAUUAAAACCAAACUCACAAAAUAGAUGUCUAAAAAGCGGAUAACUCUCAAAUUAAAAACACCAAACCCCCUUUUUGAAAAGUGGUUAAUCGAGUGGCGAGAUGAAGCAAAAGCGAAAGAAUCAAAAAUGCAAUAUUGUUUCUCAACAGCUUUGCAAUCGUUAAAACGAUAUCCGAUUCCUUUAGAAUCGGGGCGUGAUUGUAAAAUAUUGAAAGGUUUCGGUGAUAAAUUAUGUAAAAUGCUCGAUGACAAAUUAAAAGAAGAUAAACGGAAUCAAGAGAAAGAAAAUUUCAAUGUAUCAAAUGAAUCAAUUUAUACCCCUGAACAUCGAUCUGGAGAUUAUGCAAUAUUAAUCGCGUUGUUUGAAAGUACAAAAGCUUCGUUGAAUAAAAAAGAAAUUCUUGAUAAAGCUCAAUUUUAUUGUGAUUCAUCUUUUAAAACAGUUACACCCGGUGCUUGGUCUUCAAUGGAAACUCUAAUCAAUAAUAAUUAUGUUAUUAAACAAAGUACUAAAUAUUCUUUAACAGAUAAAGGAAAAGUAAUUGCAAAAAAAUUAUUUGAUGAUUUAAUCCAUAAAGAAUUAGAAUCAAAUAAAACAACUUCAAAUUUAGAACAUGUUAAUAUUGAUGAAUUAAUGCAUUGUAACAUUAUAGAUCCAAAUAAUCACAAAAAUCAAACUAAAAAUAGUACAAAAUCAACAUUAACGUUCGAAACAUUAAUAUUUGAACCAAAUUCGUUUGAAAUAAUCCUUCUUGUUGAUACAUUAGAAACUUCCGGUAAAGAUCAAUCAAAAGAUGAUCCAAUUAUAAGCGAAUUAAAUCGUUUAAAAGUAAACUUUGAAAUUCGUCAUUUAAAAGUUGGUGAUUACCUUUGGAUAUGUCGUCAUAAAACAACAAAAAAAGAAUUAGUUCUUCCCUAUAUCAUCGAAAGGAAACGAAUGGAUGAUUUUGGAAAAAGCAUUAAAGAUGGGCGUUAUCACGAACAAAAGUUUCGUUUGAAACAAUGUGGGGUACAAAAUAAGAUUUAUUUAGUGGAAAGUUUGGGGAAAAAUGUUCAUGUUGGGCUUCCAAUGACCAGUUUAAUGCAAGCUGCAAUCAAUACAAUGGUUCAAGAUGGGUUUAUGAUUAAGUUUUGUGAUAAUGCAAAAAGUACGGGACAUUAUUUAAAUGAUAUGAGUAAAAUUAUAAAUAAAAAUUAUUUGGCUAAAACAAUUUUAAGUUGUCAAAAAGAAAACUUGGAACGUUCGAAUUUCAAAGAUGACGUUAUUUGGGCUUUAACGUUUGAGGAUUUUAUGAAAAUUGGGGCUAAAUAUAAAGAUUUUACCGUAAAAGAGAUGUUUAUAAAACACCUCACUUCAUUGAAAGGGUUAUCGAUUGAUAAAGCAUUAGCAAUCGUUGAUAAAUAUCCAACUCCACGACUUUUAAUUGAAGCUUAUAAUCAAAACGCUGGUGAUGAAGGGGAAAAAUUAAUUUCUUCGAUUACUUUUAAAGGGAAUAAAACGAUUGGACCUGUUAUAAGUCAAGUUAUUCAUCGUUUGUAUUCCCAAAGGUUUUAGGUUAAAAUGUUUUUAUUUUUGCUACUUAAUUUAGUGUUAAGGUAAGAAAUAAAUUUAUUUUUUAAUUAA